AUGGGCAUCGUCGGUGGACGCACCAGCGCAGCCGACUACGAUGCCGACAUGAAGCUUGCCAAGUCGGCGGGAAUCGACGCCUUCGCUCUGAACAUCGGCACGGACGACGGGACGGACACGCAGCUGGGCUACGCGUACGAGUCGGCGGCCAACAACGACAUGAAGGUCUUCAUCUCGUUCGACUUCACGCUGUUCGACCCGGCCUCGUCGGCGAGCACGGUAGGGUCGAUGAUUGCCACGUACGGGUCCCAGGCCUCGCAGCUGCUGUACGACGGCAAGGUGGUGGCAUCGUCCUUCAACGGCGACGGGCUGGACGUCUCGGCCCUGCGCUCGGCAGCGGGUGACAUCGUCUGGCUGCCCAACUUCCACCCGCAAUACGGGACGGACAUGACCGUCGUGGACGGGGCGCUGAACUGGAUGGCGUGGCCGAACGACGGCAACAACAAGGCCCCCCAGCCGGGCGGCACGUCGCUGUCUGUCGAGGACGGCGACGCCAUCUACCGGUCCGCCCUGGGGCCGGACAGGACGUACGUGGCGCCCGUGUCGCCGUGGUUCUUCACGCACUACGGCGCCGAGGUGGACUACAGCAAGAACUUCAUGUUCCCGUCCGACACGCUCUGGUUCGACCGGUGGUCGCACAUCGUCGAGUCGCAGCCGCAGCCGCCCAUGGUGGAGGUGAUCAGCUGGAACGACUACGGCGAGAGCCACUACGUCGGCCGCCUGGACAGCCCGCACGGCGACGACGGCAACUCCAAGUGGGCCUACGGCCGUCCGCACUCGGGCUUCCUGGACAUGGCGCGGCCGUUCAUCGCCGCCUACCGCGCCGGCUCGUCCGACGUAUCCGCCCACAUCACGGACGACUCCCUGGUCUACUGGUUCCGCACCACGCUCAAGGACGUCGACUGCGACUCGACCGACACCACCAUGGCCGACGGCAACAACUCGACGGGCAACUACUUCCACGGCCGGCCCAACGGAUGGGACACGGCCCAGGACAAGGUCUACGUCGUCACCCUGCUCACCGCCCCGGCCACCCUGUCCAUGACGUCCGGCGACAGGACCGACACGGUCGACGUCCCCGCCGGCGCCGCCAUCUCCUCGGUCGACAUGGCCCCCGGAACCGUCCACCUGACCCUGUCGCGCGACGGGGCGAACAUCUUCGACGCCGACGCCGGUGCCCAGGUCGUCGACUCCUGCCCCUGCGGCAUCUACAACUUCAACCCUUACGUCGGCACCCUGCCUGCCGGCGACGCAGAUGAGCUCCUUCCGGAGGGAUAUUCCCAGAUCAUGAAUGGUCUCAACGUCGAUAGCUGCGGGCCCUACUAG